AUGCCCGGUGCCGUGUGUGGAGCGGUGUGCGCGGUGCCCAAUGCCCGGUGCCGUGUGUGGAGCGGUGUGCGCGGUGCCCAAUGCCCGGUGCGGUGCCAGGUGCGGCGGGUCCCGCCCCGCCCUGCCCUGCCCUGCCCUGCCCUGCCCGGCGCGAGGGGAGCGGGCGCGCGCGCCCCAGCCAAUCAGCCCCGUCACGUGAGCGCGCCCCGGCACGCGGUGCCGCUGCCGCGGCCGUUACAGCGGCGCCUGCGUGCGCGCGGCGGCGGCGGGAAGCGCGCGGGGAGGAUGGGGGGGAGGAUUCUGACAACGCAGCCCUUCCAGGCUAAAGAAGAAGUGAUAAAGGGCCUAAAGACAGCAGAAGCUGGCAGUAUUGCAGGUGUUGAAGCUAUAAGGAGAGAUGGAGAGUGUGAUGUUAUCCUUCAAAGUGCACAUGGAAUACAUGAGGAGAACCUAUCAAGAUGUUGGAUCAGAUGGAUGGUCUGGAUUUUAAUUGUUUGUGAGCCAGAGAGCAAAAGAGGAUCAAGAAAGAGAAUUAAAAUUUUUGUAUUGCCUCUGCGUUGGAAGAUUGUAGUAUACUGCAUAAGAAAAUUUUCUCUGCAUUUUCCAGCAGAGAGACAUUGAAAAGGUGCCAGAUACAUUUAAAUGAACCUAUUAAAAAGACAAGAAAUUUGGAAAUAUGGAGAAAAAGAAAGAGAAAAGUGAGUAUUACUUUCAAAUAUUCACACCUACAUUUUAAUGGAAAUAGUUAAGUAAAUACUGCCAAACUAGUAUUUAAUCUGCAGAGCUUCAUUUGGGCUCGAGGUCUCUGUGUCUUGAUAGCUGUAGAAAAGUUGUUUUCUAAAUACAUAACUAGCUCCUGUAAACAUUGCAUACUGUAUUUGUAGAUCAAGAAAAAAAGCAUGAAGACAAUUUUAGUACAGAGAGAAAAUUUUGGCAACUUUGUUACAAAGUACCUACUCUUUUCAGACUGAGUGCAUGUGGCACUAAACUCCUGAAAG